AUAUACCCCUGCUCCUCCCCACACCAGACCCAUCCCCGAUUCCAUAGGCUCUUCUCAAUGGCUUCAACCCUCUAUCCUAAACUGUCCUCCUCUUCUGCUGCUGCACUUGCAUUGAUACUAGUAGUUGCGGCUUCUCUGUGUCAGAUUGAAGCCAAACACUUUGGUUUUGGAAUCGGAAGGCCAAAGCAGAGAGAGUUUGAUUACUAUAACUUGGCCUUACAAUGGCCUGGAACUUAUUGUCAACGCACCCAGUAUUGCUGCCCCAACAACGCCUGCUGCCGUGGCUCAAAUUCUCCGACUGUGUUCACCAUCCAUGGAUUGUGGCCUGACUACAAUGAUGGAAGCUGGCCUGCCUGUUGCACAAGGAAGGCUUUUGAUGAAAAAGAGAUUUCAACAUUGCUUGACCCACUGCAAAAAUAUUGGCCAUCAUUGAGUUGUGGUAAACCAUCGACCUGCCAUGGUGGAAAAGGACCAUUCUGGGGUCAUGAGUGGGAGAAGCAUGGGACUUGCUCUGCUCCAGUAACAGGAGAUGAAUACAACUACUUUUUGACGACCCUCAAUGUGUAUUUCAAAUACAAUGUCACAGAAGUCCUGAAUGAAGCAGGAUAUGUACCUUCUAAUACUGAAAAGUAUCCUCUUGGAGGCAUUGUUUCUGCCAUUCAGAACGCUUUCCAUGCAACCCCAAAGUUGGUUUGCAGAAAUGGUGCUGUGGAGGAACUUCAUCUAUGCUUCUACAAGGAUUUUAAGCCUCGAGAUUGUCCCGGUGUAUCUAGCAGUUCAAUACUAUCUUCUAGCAGCUCAUGUCCCAAAUACAUCAGCAUACCAGCAUAUGCAUCACUGGGGGCAGGCAAUGUGGAAAAUGAUGUUUCAUGGGUGCCUGAGGAUGUUCUUUAAGGUCUUGGUGGGUGGACAGGUUGUAAAUUGCUCAAUUCAGUUGAAUUGCUUUCCCAAGCAAUGUCACUAAACAAUUUACAAAUUGUUGUGUAAAUUCAGAUCCGAAAAAUGAAAUCAGCUUAGCCAAUCCUGUUAUUCAAGAUUGAUUCUACUUCAUCAUCUGUACUUUAAUAAUGUUAAAAGUAAAUUCAGAUCAAAAAUAAAAUUUGAAAAGUCCAGAUGCUUCUUUUCAAGUUUUCAUUCCUUCUGUAAA